AUGUCGGCCGGGCUCAAGCUCAGAGUGACGGCGCCUAAUUCCGUGACCUCCGGCGGUGGCGUGGUGUCCUCGGCGACGGCGACGGCGGUUUUCCCGCUGCCGGGGACCUUCCCCUGGGCCAACAGCUCCCGGGGCAAGCCCCGACGUGGCAUGAUGCGUCGAGCCGUGUUCUCCGACCUGCAGCGCAAGGGCCUCGAGAAGAGGUUCCAGAUACAGAAGUACAUCUCCAAGCCCGACCGCAAGAAGCUGGCCGAGAAGCUGGGGUUAAAGGACUCGCAGAGCGUGGACAGAGACGAGGUUCCGGUGCCGCGCAGAAAGCACGCCGCUCCUAAUUGGAGUGUUGAUGAGGCCCUGCGGGCGGGCGACAAUCCUGCGGCGGUUCGCACCCUCAGCUCGCACGCUCCGCCUCCCCCUCCUCAUUCAUCGACCACUGCCCCCUGCCCUGCAGGGAGCUUCCUGCCCUGA